AUGACGCCGGAACCAACUGUCAGCUCCAACCAUCGCCAACCAGUUGUUGCAGCAAACGUGGAAGAGGAAAAUCUCAGGGUUCCGGACCAUGACGGCACCAUCAAUUCCACCGCUGAAGCCCCUGGUACUGCGCAAGGCAAUAACGAGGAAAACCCACGCCACCAGAACAAUAACCAUCCCGGCAUUCCCUGCCACCGAGCCGUCGAUUUAACCGCUCCUGGGUCCCUUGCCAACAUACACCCGGCUCGCCCGCCUUUGCCACCACCUCGUCCUGCUAUGGAGGCAAUCAACAUGGAGACUUUUCUAAACGUGGCUCGAAUCCCUCGCCACGAUAUCAAUACUCGUGCCAGAAUGGAGAUCCACUGUAUCCUUCACUGGUCAUUCUUUCGCGCAUCAUCCGAAGCCGAGUUAACCCGAUUGGGCUUCCCCUUGGGGAUAGCCCGCUUGCUAUGCGAGGGUAUUGGGCGUUUGGAGGCCUUCGUUGACGAGAUGGAGAGAGAUGGGAUUGAAAUGUCUCCAAUAAUCUAA